UUCAGUAGACACCAGCGGGUUCGCUCUCUGGGAUCGGACGCUAAUGGAUCAGUUAAAGGGCCUAUUCUUUAUGGCGGGGCUAAGUGUUAUCAUCUGGGGUUAAAGACACUGACCAUGGAGCAAACUCCUGCCAGAUAGCAGCUCCUCUGGGGGAUUACAGUAGGACCUUUGCCAAAACACACAUGUGAGUGGAAUACCUUCCUAAAGCUCCCCGAAUGCUGUUUGAAACCAUUUGUCAGUUGCGCAAGACAGAGAGCUGACGAUGGAUUCCAGAGGUCGAGGUGACCCCUUUCAUACAGCGGUUUAUCCGUGGGACCUGUCCGGGCCGACUGCCUCGAAUACGACACAGGGCCCGUCAGAUAAGGAUCACAAAGACAGAGACGUGCCUCCUGAAGUGAUCCCUCUCCGCCUGUGUUUUUGUUUAACGAGCUGGAUUGACAACUCAUAGACUCCCUCUAAUUGAAUGUGAUAGAUCCAGUCAUUAAGUUAAUUGGCAGCUGGUUUCGAUCGCGGCCUGUCACACUCACUCAGGGAUUUUAUGGCAUCAUUUUUCUUUUUGCAGUCGAAGCGCAGACCCGAAGUGAAUACCAGGUCUGUGUGAGCGGACCGGACCCUUUCGGGUGGUGACUUUUCCUCACGUCACCCUGUUAGCGGCACGUGUUGGGCCAACGUGUCGCUGCUGACGCAAAAGGUGACACUGAUCUGUCAGUCAGGCACAGGCCGUUUACAGCUUCUAUUGAUGUCUUGUGUUAGUUUUGCAAACCUAUAGUCCAUAAUUUUUCACAUGAAAGUAGAGAGGCGGAAGAAAAUACAACCAAAUAAAGUAUGGCAAUAUAGUCUAAAAGUCAUCCUGCUUCCAUUACAAUUCACUGGACCACCACGAUGUGUAUUGAAGCGACAACCUUGGAUCCUCUUGGGGCUCGGUGGAUUUGUUCAUCUACAAUAGUUUUAUUAGCCCCUGGAUAUGAUUCCUGAUUCAAAGAAGAGACUCGCUGCUGCAGUUUGGCCUCUUGAUGUUCCCUUGGAAGGCAGCGGGCCAAUCAAAACCGCACUCACAGACGUCACGAGGCCAACUUGACGAGCUGAUUGGAGCGGGCGGGGAGCGGGGGGGGCGCAGCCCUUGUCCUUUUAUAGACGACCCCGUCCGGCGCGUUAAAGCUACCGGGCACCGCUGACAGCGCGCAGAGACGCACACACACCUAUUGGACACUGAACACCUCCGCAGACUCCCACAUUCUCCUGAACGGGCCGCACGGAGGUGCAUGGCCCCAUUCCCCUGUAUCGCGAUGAAUCCUGCGCAGCGGUCGCCGUCCCGGGACGCCAAACAGCUCAAUCAAAAAGAGGAGACGGACACGGAGGGAGAGGAGCUUCAGCCCAAAGACAUGACCACCGAGAAAGGAUACAAAGUGCAGCGGAGCAGCCUCCCGUUUAGCGUCGAGUCGUUGAUCUCCAAGAAGACCACCUGUCGGACUUCUUAUCCCCCCUCAGAUUUGGCCCUGGUGCUGCCCAAGCCCGCGGCGGCGCAGGGCGCGCAGUUCUCUCCAAGGACUUUUUACGCGGACAGUAAGGUCGCCGCGGAGAGCUCGCAGGGGGUUUCCAGCAGCUCCAGCGAAGACAGCCCGCAGUUUUGCGAGAAGGAUCAGAGCACUUGGUUCCAGACGUCCUCCUUUUCUACUCCUCCUCGCAGCACAAGUCCAACUGCGUGUACUCUAAGGAAACACAAAAACAACAGGAAACCUCGCACGCCCUUCACUACCUCCCAGCUGCUGGCGCUGGAGCGCAAGUUUCGCCAGAAGCAGUACCUCUCCAUCGCCGAGAGAGCCGAGUUCUCCAACUCGCUCAACCUGACGGAGACCCAGGUGAAGAUCUGGUUCCAAAACAGGAGGGCCAAAGCCAAGAGACUGCAGGAGGCCGAGCUGGAAAAGUACAAACUGGUCUCCAAGCCCGUGCUGCCCGCCUUCGCGCUGCCGUUCCCUAUCGGGGCGCACAUGGGCUCUCCAACGUGGGGCCCGUCAAACGCCUUCCCGAGGCCCAGUCUGCCGGUCCCGGGACUGUUCAGUGGACCCGUCACUUAUGGGAUGUACUAUUUGUCAUAGUAUUCCUGUGUGCGUGUGCGUGUGUGUUUUUAAGAGAGAGAAAAAUGAUGCCUUCUAUUUGCAAUUACGCGCAUGACGACGGUGCGUCUUUAAUAUCUUGGAAAUCAAGGUUUAUUCUUUUUAUUUUGGAGUUUAAAGACACUGUUUUCCUAACCUCCAGGAGUGAAGAACCAUUACACCCUGACACACGUUUGUGCGUAAUCGAACCGAGUGCGUUCACUCGCCCUCCUCAUUUUUUUUUGUAAGACGGUGUCGAGUGCUGUGGCUUGUGGAUUCACGGUGAGGCAACAUCCCAAAUGUAAAUGUCAGGUUUUUACACGACUCGCCUUAAGAACCUCUCCGUGCGCACCGUGCUCCGCCGCAGCCCGUGAAGGGUGGACAUGUAAAGUCAGUAUUCUACUGAAUGCUCCAAAGCGACAGAAAAAAAGUACUUAAUCGGUGUCAGUGCCUUAAGACCAGUGGAUCACUUGAAGUUUCUCCUGCUCAUUCAGCACUGACCGUUUCCCCCGGAUAAAGCUGCGGUCUCCCAGAGUUGCUGUUUGAAUGUCUGUGUUCCCUCUCAGUGGUCCCGGUCACAAUGUCUCACAGGGCUAUUCUGUAAACGUGGAGAAAAAAUAUAUAUUUUAGAAAACACAUGUAUUAGAUUUGUUUUGUUGUUUUCCCUCAACGAGGCCUUUGUGGGAGAAGUGAUAGAUGUUCUUUGGGGAAUGUUGCUGUACAUGUGUAGUGUUCCUGAAGCCCUGCAGCCUCGCGUAAAGAGCAGCAGGGAGAAGUGGUAUUUAUUGAAUAUCUUUGUAUCUGUACUGUGUACAUACAUCACUCUAUAUAAAUGUUCAGUUACUUGUAAAGACUGAUUUUAGAAAAUAAACAUUAUACAAGGUC